AUGACUGCGUUGGCUGGUCAAAUCGUAGAGAUAUGGAUCCUCUACGUUAUCGGUACCGCCAUGAUCGGGGCGCGCAUCUUUUGUCGCACGAAAAUGGUUGGGUAUAGGAACUACGAUUGGGACGAUUAUCUCGUUAUUGCCGUCGCUGGAAUGUGGACUGCUGCACCCGUAAUUGGCCAAGUCUUUGUCCAAGGCGCCGAGGGCCGCCAUACCUCCGAUUUGACCUUCGAGGAGAGGAAGAACAUGAGUGAAGAGGAUAGCAAGAAGUGGGCGUAUGGUUCACAGAUGUUUCUGCUUGGGUUGACUGGAUACGUGGUUAUUCUGUGGACGCUCAAGUUCAAUAUGCUGUGCUUUUACAGCCGUGUUGUGAGGGGUCUGUGGACGGAGAGGUUUGUGAAGCCGUUGAUGGUGAUGGUGAUUUUGUCCGUGGUGGUUAUCAUCAUUACGCUGGCUGCGACGUGUCGGCCAUUUCAUCACCUUUGGCAAGUUUGGCCAGAUCCAGGACGCCAAUGCGUUCCGCAGAAUCUUACAUUCUUUGUCGUCAUCUUGGUAUUUAAUUUGGCAACGGAUAUCUGCAUCAUGCUUGUACCAAUUCCGUUGAACCAAAAAGGUGUCUCAGCUCUAUGGUCAAUGCGCGAAGACUGCGUCGGCAUCUUCGUCGGCCAAGCCCCGAUGGUUACACCUCUCCUCAAGCGCCGCUUCUGGGUAAUGGCAGGCUACGCCACCGACAAGACGAGCAACUCUCAGACACCGCACUACAACGGCAGUCGGCUCGAGAGCCAUGAACUUCGGUCUGGGCGCGCGAACAACAGCAAAGUGCAUGACCCUUACUCAAUAACCAACGUGGUUUCUCGGUCCGAGAGCCAAGAGGAGAUCGUGCAGAAGGACCUGCCUUCUUUACCGGAAGAGCCGCGUCAGUUUCGGAGUGGUAUUAGGGUGGAGCAGCGUAUCGAUGUUGAGGCUGUACAGGGGACGUAUACGCCGCCGCGAGAUCCUCGAUGGUAGUCUGCGUCGGU